UUUAAUAAUUUAUUAAUAAAUUAAUAAACAUACAAAAGAUAUUAAAAUGUGAACACACUUUCUCACACAUAUUUUAUAUCAAAAUUAUAUAACUUCUUACAAUGGCACGAUAUGACGUUAUUAAAACUCGAUUUCUGCAAAUCAUUUUUACUUUAUGUUAAAUCGAUGCAAUGAAUUUUCAUUUUUUUUUCUAAAACAUUAUAUAUUCUGUCUCAUUCGAGAAAUGAAAAUAUCUACAAAUAUUUUACGAUUCAAUUUAAGAGAGCUGAUAAUAAAGAAGAAGACGACAUGACGCGACGCUGCGUGACGACGCAAUGGUUUCGAAUCGAUCGGCGCGCGAACAUAUUUGCCACUGGGUCACGUGACCAUUGCGCCUCGGAGCAACGAGCGCAAGGGCGCCUCGGCGUAACGCCAUAGCAUCGAGUGCUCGUGAUUCCGUGGUUCUUAUGUGAAUGUGUGUUUCGUGGAUUCAGUUCGAAUGACAGCGAGUUCACGAUUUGCUCUUUUAACGAAAGAAUGUCGGUGAACGCGUGAAACACAGUGUGCAUCCGUGCUUUUGUGGAAAAAUGUGAGGGCCGGAACGUUGCAACACUUUGCCGGAAGCAAAAACAGACCGGCGGUGAGUCACUGUCACGAUCGAUCAUUUCCUUUCUCCUAUUCCCAUUUUUGAGAACGAAGGCCAUGGCCACGUGCUGCAUCCGUAAUAGAGAUCAUCGUUUCGAACGGACAUAACCUCAAAAUUGUAAGAAAGCGUCGUUGCGGCAAGGUUAGAAUUCGUUGUCAUUGAAGAUGUUUCAUUUCGUGGAUAUUCAUCUAUAUCGUGCAAUUGGAUAAUAGAACAAAGUACAGUGAUUGAAAAUACAUAUUUCGAAUGACGUAAUCUGUGAUAACUUUAUAACGAACUAUUAACGUACGUGCCAAUAAGUUAUCGAUAGCUGAUUAUCAAAAUUGCCGAUCCUUCCUUUUACAAAACCAGCAUAAUUAUCUGUGAAAUUAGUUGAAAGAAGGUGCUUCGUUAAAAAGUUCUUUUUUCGAUUGGAAGAGCGAUCGACCGGCAUAAAGAUGGAAGAGUCUCAAAGAUACGAAGAUCAUACCAUAUAUAAGACACGAUCACCCUGCAGCCUGCGAAAACUGAGAGACAUGGUGCCGGCAAGGGUAGUGCUCUAUAUGCUCUCCUUCUCGGGAUUCACGGUCUCGUUCAUGAUGAGGAACGAUAUCAACAUCGCCAUGGUGGCGAUGGUGAAACCCCCAUCCAUGACAUUGGACACCAAUGUAACUGUAACCUCCCAGCAUUGCUACGUGACACCACCAAUGGUCAUCAACAACAGCGCGCCGAUCAAACUUGAGGAUCAAGGGGAAUUUGACUGGAGUCCAACCAUACAAUCCGCCAUUAGCGGUUCCUUCUACUGGUGUUAUAUAUUGUCACAAGUAGUUGGUGGUGUGCUCACACAGUAUUUUGGCACGAAAGCUGUUUUCGGCGGUUCACAACUGAUCACUGCGAUCUGCAGUUUAUUGAUGCCUUCUGCAGCAGGAAUUCAUUAUGGAUUCAUGAUUGCGCUUCGCAGUAUACAGGGUGUCGCGAGUGGACUCACGUGGCCCGCGAUGUACGCCAUUGUCGGACACUGGAUCCCGCCAGUGGAGAGAUCACGUUUCAUGUCUUCCUUCCAAGGGUUCAGCUUUGGCAUCGGGUUAACCUAUCCACUGUGCGGAUUCAUCAUUGCUCACUUCGGAUGGAGAGCCGUCUUUUAUACUACCGGCAGCAUCGGUAUGAUCUGGUGCUUUUUCUGGUACUUCUUCGCCUUCGACACACCGGCCUCUCAUCCCAGAAUAUCCCAGCAGGAGCUACGAUACAUUCAAGGGAGUGUAGGGAAUCAAGUUAGAGACGAGAGUAUGCCAGUUCCAUGGAGGUUCAUUCUUACAUCCUGGCCAGCAUGGUCGAUCGGAAUAACCACGUUCGGCAGGAUCUGGGUGCAUUAUAUAUUCAUCAUCUCUGGACCAAUGUACAUGAAAACAGUUCUAGGAUUCAGCAUCCAAGCGAAUGGAGUAUUGUCUGGUUUACCAUUCAUCUGUAGUUACUUCAGUUCUGUUGCAUUCUGCUAUAUAGCCGACGUUCUGAUCACACGACAGAUUUUGUCGUUGACGAAUGUCAGAAAAGUGUUCACCGCCUCUUCUCAAGUGGCUCCUGGUAUAAUGUUGGUGUUAAUUGGCUAUCUGGGCUGCGACAUCGUUCUCGUUUUAGUGGUCUGGUUCGUAGCCGUUACUCUUAUCACUGCUGCCUAUGCAGGAGCUAUGGCAAAUAUCGUCGAUAUAGCGCCAAAUUUUGCUGGACCAAUAUUGGCGUUUGCACAGACGAUUCAUAUGUCUGCCAGUUUCCUAUCUCCUAUCGUAGCUGGCCUCCUCACCCAAGAAAGUCAAGCCCUCGACGCAUGGAGGCAAGUGUUUGGGGUGACAGCUUGCGUCGCGUGCGCUACGUACAUCGUUUAUCAAAUCUUUGGUACGGGCGAUGUCCAGCCGUGGAAUUAUCCUGAUCAAAAGUAUCCUCAAUCGGUACAAGAAGACUCUCAGCCUUUGAACGAAUCACCGCAAAAGAACGGAAAAAUUGUCACAUCUCUGUCCAAUAUGUCCGAAGAAGCGUAACACAAUCGAUUUCUCUCGUUGAGCGAAGAAAGAAGAAGCGCACGGGUUACGUGACAACUAUUACAAGUAUUUUUCCUUGGAUCUCGAGGAAGAGGCAAUCUAAAAUUAUGUAUACAUAUAUAUAUGUAUAAGUUUUCGACGUGAAAAUGUUUAUUUUUUCUCUCUCUCUCUGUAUAUCUGUGUAAAUAGAGAUGGUAGUGUGUAAACGAGGAGAAGUUGAUAUAGCACUCAGGGUAAUAUAAGUAACGUUGUAACGUUUCAAAGAAUAUUUUUAUGAGGACAGUCUCGGAUAACGAGCAAACGCUUCGUUUAUUCGCCAAUUUUUGCGUUUACAAAACGAAGUGAAAGCACAAAAAAAAAAUAAUGAUUGCGAUCGAUUGCGUUCCAUUUCUUAUGAUCCGAGACGAUUACUUGUCCAUUUGCCGUCUCUGUGAUCAAACUUUUUUUCUCUCUAUUUUUCAUCUAACAGAGUGAGAUGAAUCUUGUAGAACAUAGAGCACCAACCAGCAACAAUUUUCAAGGCUGUAAUUUUAAUGUUUUUUUUUCUAGAUAUUUUCAGAAAUAUCUCUUCAUGAAUUUCUAAAAAUUAAGAUCGAUAAAUUUGUUCAAUUGAUUUCAAGAAUUUUCGAAAAUUUUUCAACAAAAGACUGAUCGAUUUUUUUCUCCAUGAUAUACUCGUCCAAAUUUGGAAGCCGUUGCUCUUUGUGUUCUUUAUUUUUUCAUUAUCUCUCUAAUAUAAAUUAAUACUUUGAAAAUGGCUUAAUUCAUAGGAUUCACGAUUAUUUUUUCCUUUUUUUAAUUAUUAUUAUUAUUAUCAUUGUACGUAUAUAUUAUAAUUAGUUUCUUUCUACAAUUUUGCCGGUGAUUUUAUUAACUUAUUAACUUAUUAAAUCGAUAUUUUAUCAACUUGUUAGAUGUGUAAGAAAGGAAAAAAGAAAAUCCAAAUACGCUGUAGAAUAGAAGUAGUGAAAUUUAUAAGAUGAAGAGGAAAAGACAGAUGAAUUAUAUAAGUAUACUACACUAAAAAUUGAUGCCUUGCCUUAGUCACAAUUCUUUUUGAAUUCAUUGUAAGAGAACACGUAAUAUACUUACUUUAGUACUUAUAUUCUGCGAUAAAUAAGUCUCAUUGUUAUAUCAUUGUUAACAUUUACUAGUCAUGUUUCGUUGAAAAAAAUUGAAUAUUUAUAUAUUAUAAUGUCCAAAAAAAGAAAAAAAAAAAAGAAAAAAGAAAGAAACGUUACAUGAACAUAAAAAUUUUUUGUAGAUCAUCUGUUAGAAUUAGAGUUCAUUUUUUCAACACAUUUCAUAAUUCCAUUCGUAUAUUAAGGUAUAUUAAGAGACAAUGUUUUUUCAAGUAUUGUAAUUUUAAUUAUUUUUAUAUUGGCGUCGUUUAAAUAACGAUAAGUCAUGUUUUUUUCUUCGUUUCUUAUUUAUAAGUAUAUAUUUUAAGCUACACACGGAUACUUAAUAGCAUGUACGUAUUGUUAUGCUAAAAAUUAUAUACGUAUAUUGCGCAAAAUUGAAGAUGAAAUUAAUUAAAAAAUUAUAUUGCGCAAAAUUUAAGAUGAAAAUGAAAAUCCCUUAAGUAAAUACGUGUACAAAAUGAACAUCUCUGCGCGCAUAAAGAGAAAGAUAAUAAUUUUUUCUUUUAUCGUUAAAUCGAAUAAUUAUAUGUAUAUGCAUUUCGUAUUUUUUUUCUCGAUGCGAUCUAAAAUUCAGAAUUGUUUGUAAUUUCAAAUCGAAUCAAUAUACUUUUCUCUCAUAAGUAAAACAUUGCGAUACGUCAAAUCUUAAUAAUAAAUCUCAAUGAUCAUGAGACUAUCGACAACUUUGAAGAUAUUUAUAAGCCAUGAUCAUUUUUCAAGCAAACUAUAUUAUUUUGUAAUGAAUGAAUCACCAUUACAAAAUCUAUGCCACGGAGUUCUUGAUACGAAUAUAUGCAUAUAAGUAAAUGAAAAAAAUAUAUGAUACAUAUAUAAUUUCAGUAAA